AUGAUUAAAAAGAGAACCGCAAAGAAUGUGUCGUUGAGAGCAAAGGAAGAUGCAUCGACAAUACAGCCUGCAGCCACUGCUGCUUCAUCAUUGAAUAGUGUAGAAUCAUCGGAUCAGAAUAAUCAACAAGAGGAACAAACUAAUGAAAAUACAACAUCAGCAUCAAUAACAACUGGUGAACCAGAACAAAUAACAUCAUCGGAAAGGCUGGAGGAGGAUGGAGACAAUAUUAAUGAAACACUGGAGAAGACAAUUUUAAAACAAAAGCUGAGAAGUAGACCAAAAGGAAUGCAAGCAAACUUAAAAACUGGUGAUUUGUUCGAUUUGGACAAGAUUAAAAACAGUUCAGUGCAAAGAAAAAAGGAAAAGCUGAAUAUUCUGCAAGGAGGUACUCAAGGAGGUCUGGUUGAUAGAAAUAGUGGAGAUUGGAUUGCAAUGAAAUUAGCAAAUAUGGAAAAGGCAAAGAUUAUGGGUUCAACAUCACAAUUAGCUAUGGAUAUGGCUUUCACAGAAGCCGAAUUAUCAGAGCAGGACAAGAGAUUAUUCGAAUUUAUUAAAGAACGUAUGAAGGAACAAGGAUAUUCAUACGAUCAAAUUGUAAAUAAUGAUGACGAGGAUGAAGGAAUUGAAAAAGCAAAGAAAAAGAUUUCUGUAGAUAUUAACGAGCUAUUGGAGAAGGAAAAGAAUCUCUAUAAAUUACCAGAUGAAUUAAAAGUGGAAAAGAUUGAUAUUUCGAGUUUAACAAGACGAAAGGAUAAUGCCAACAAGGAAGCAAAACCUUUAACAGAGGAGGAACGACAAAAACUCUUGAGUGGUGCCAUUCUAGAAGUUCCACUUUCAACAGCAGCAAAGGUGGAAAACAUUAGAGAAACCAAUGAGAAAGUGAAAGAAUUGGAAGACAAUAACAAGAGAAAAUAUCACCAAACUGCCUCUGAUGAAUAUGUCUUUACACAAUACAAGAAGAAGUAUGCCCAUAAAAGAUGA